GGCGCGGCGGAGCGGGGCGCGCGCGCGGCGGCGGGAGCAGGUACUGUUCCUGAAAAGAAGAGGAAACAUGGCUUAUACACUGAAUGAAGCUUAAAUUCCUGGACCAAAAACUGAGAGGUUUCUUCAUGAAGGAUGGCAACACCAUAUGUUCCUGUUCCUAUUCCUAUUGGAAGUUCAUCAUCCAGCUUUACAAACAGAAACCAAAGAAGUUCUUCUUUUGGGAGCAUCUCGACAAGUUCGAGCUCCUCAAAAGGACAGCUGGAGGACUGUACAAUUGGUAGUUUUAAAAAGAUGAGCGUGCCUGACCAGAUUGGUUCUACGUCGUCUGCGUGUAGCAGUCCACUUGUUAGGACUAAAUUUACAGGUCUGGAUCCAUCCAUAGAAUAUUGUACUCAGCCUGUAGAAGAAAUAGAGCAGAAUACAGAUUCCAGGAGCUGGGAAGAUCGACCGUCUACGCCUACUAUACUGGGCUAUGAGGUGAUGGAGGAAAGGGCAAAAUUCACUGUAUACAAAAUACUGGUAAAAAGAAGUCCAGAGGAAAAUUGGGUAGUUUUCAGACGAUACACUGACUUCUCCAGGCUUAAUGACAAGCUAAAAGAUAUGUUUCCGGGCUUUCGGUUGGCCCUUCCACCAAAGCGCUGGUUCAAGGAUAAUUAUAAUCCUGACUUCUUGGAAGAUCGACAGUUGGGACUGCAAGCAUUUCUCCAGAACCUAGUAGCUCAUAAAGAUAUUGCUAACUGCCUUGCAGUGAGAGAAUUUCUUUGUCUGGAUGAUCCUCCGGGUCCUUUUGACAGUCUAGAAGAGAGCAGGGCUUUCUGUGAAACUCUAGAGGAAACAAAUUACCGCCUACAAAAAGAACUGCUUGAAAAACAAAGGGAAGUUGAAUCGCUGAAGAAGUUGCUGAGUGAAAAGCAACUUCAUAUAGAUGCUGUUGAAAGAAGAAUUAGGGAUUUAUCUUUAGGAAAAAUGACUCGUCAAAUGUCAGGAGAAGAAAGUGAGUGCAGUGGUGAGGUGGAGUCUUCUGCAGUAGAAGCAGACCAGGGUACCCUGGGUGAGGACAGCUGCUCAGACAAAGAGAACCAUGAGCCAUGCUGGAGUGGCUCUUUGGCUGGAAAUCCUGUCCCAGAAAUUGAGGUUGCUGAAGUAGCAUAUACUCCAGAUGAAGAAUAGAUGAGCAGCAGCUGCUGUUACAGGUUCAUGUUUGGGAUGUAUCUGUGGGUAGCAGCUUAGAGUAGCUGUGAAGAAUUUACAGCAAAGAGCAAGAAUGCACAAUUGAAUGUUUACAUAAAUCCUUACAAAUUAUUAAUGUAAGAAAUAUACCCAGUGCUGCUUUGAUUUCAGUUUUUAUCUAGCCUUUAUAUAUUUAAUAAAUCGAAGUCUAAUAAGGGCUAAAAUCAGGUGAAGUUUAGGUAGUGUACAUACACAAUUUGGCUCACUUUCCUAGCGGAAUGACAAGUUCCACACUAAAUCACUGAACACAUCUAACUCCCAUGUCAUACGUUGCCACUGUUGUGACACGUUUGAUGUGUUCAUGUGUUUGGUAUUUGUGUUUUCAUAUUCUUAUAGCCAUAAAUUAAUGCUUGUUGAAGUAAAAACGGACUCAUCUCUGUGUAAGAAUGGAGAAUGUGUUGGUUUUAAAUUCUGAAGUUGAAGAAUGUUUCCCUGGAAAUUUUAAUGCAAUGCAAUAGGAAAACUUCCAGUACCGAGAGAGGAGUACUUACGAAAUGGGAUUAUAGUUGGACAUUUUAAAACUGGUCAUUUUUGCUGAAGGAACUAAUAUGAGACCCCCAAAACACUGUGUAUUUUCAUCCCAAAAUAGCAUGCUGUAAUACUUUUUGUUCAGUAAUGCUGCUUUGAAAAUCUGGGAUACCUUUGCUAUAUAGCCAUGUAACAAUAAAAUCGGUAAGUUUGCCUUUUACUCAGAACACUACCUCUUACCACAUUGCUUAUGCAUUUAUGUUUGUUUAAAAAUAUUCAAGAUUAUAUGGAGGUUAUUGAAAGACUUGUAAAGAAGCCAUAUUUUUUUCCUGCACAGUUCAUAACUAGAUUGAAUCUAGUUGCAACGUAUUUUUGUUUCAACAUAUUUUACACAUGGGGAUGUUGGUACCUAUGUUGUAUAGCCUAUUUUUCAAAAUGUAUUAAGACAGGAGAUGCACUUUAUAAUUAAGACUCCAUUGUGCCAAGUUCAGUUGGCUAAUUGGUUGAGAAAGGGGAGUUGCAGGGAGAGGAUUAUGUAGUGCCUUUUUGUAUUUUACUUGUUCAUUACUGCAGAAUUUUGUUACAGUGCUCUCGGUCAGUUCUGUGGAGUCUUUGAUACAGCUUGUUUCUGUUCACUUAUUUACUGAAAGUGCCUUGUUUUAUUCUGCUUUUCCAAUAGGAAGAAUGCUGGUUUGUUUUAAUUUUUUUUCCCUAUACCACCCACAUCGUUGUUUAAUGUUGUCAAUAUGCAGUGUCUUUGUGCUGGAGUUUUCAAAGGGAGCUUUGUACUUCAGACUGUGCAUACAAUGACCUUUAUGCAGAACUGUAUCAACCUUCCUGGUGAAAUAAAACUAUGGACAAAACACCUGUCUUCUUUUUUCCAUUGUAGAAAAGACCAAAACAUUUAAUGCCUUGUCUAGCAGAAGGAUAAAACACUGUUAGGAAGAGAUGUUUCUUACCUCAGUGAUUUCAUAAAGUUACUCGGCUUUUGGUCUGAGUCCUUUUUGUACCAAAAAUUGUCUGCAUGAAAAUGAAUGAGAAUGCUGUAACAAACACCAGGAAAUUUACUAUACUUCUGUUGGAGGUUAAAAUAAAAAAGGAACUAAUCUUUUUUUUACAUUCUACAUGAAUCUUCAUAGAGGUUGAGUGAACUUAAUAAAGUUUUGAAACAUUAUUGAAAAUACGUGAAAUCUUGUGUCAGAUAUCACAUAUUUGAAAAGAGUGAACCUUGCCUAUUAAAAUAGUGUUAGGUUUAUAACCAUAAGUGUUUUUAAAAUCUUGAAAAGCUACUUGGGUCAUACAUGCUAAGGAUUUCUGAAGUACAGCAGGUACAUCUGCAAAUCUAGAUGCUAAAGAAAGUAUUAAUAUAAUUUACAGUUUAGUCAUGAGAGAGCAAAGGAAUGGAAACUUCGAGGUUUGUAAGAUAUUUUGCUAACCCAAAAUAUUCAGUAUCACAUGAAUAGACAUUUUUGUUCAGGGGACCUUGAUUUUUAGUUACAGAGUUGGAAAAUGUGAACUUGUUCAGUAGCCAUGUGGUAUCACUUCACCUAUGUUACUGUUUAAUGAAUGGUUACCUCCCUAAGGGACAUGGAGAAUUUGAGGUGCCUGUUCAGGGUGGCCUUGAACAUCUUGAUCAAGGUGAAUUCCAAGUCUCUCCCAUACUGAAUUUUUUUCUGGUACGCUUGCUUCUAUUCUGGCACUAUUUCCCACCCAUUUCCUUCUCUUUUUACUCACUGCUGCAAUUUUAGCACAGAAGAAGCCAAGUUUCAACUAUUUCAUUUAUAAGAACUUGACAGUAGAAUUCUGUGUUCUGUAAGUUGUGCAGAGGAACAUUCCAACUGGAAUUGUAGCAGAGUGAACUAAUACAAGAUUUGCAACUAGUAACCUUGUUCUUUUCUGUUGUAGGUGAUUGCCUUAAUAGUUCAGCCACAGAUUUACAAUGGGGUUUUUUUCCUCUUAGUUUUAGAUUUUAAUACAUUGUACCCAAGUUAAUAUUCCAGGGGGUUUGAUUUUCUUUAAUAAUACAUCUUUUAAUAAUCCUGAAGGAUUUUUUUUAUCCUCCAAAGCCCUUGCAAUCUGCCCACACCCCUUCCCUGCUUUUGAUUUGUAUACUCCUAAAUCAGUUAAGAUGCUGACUAGUACUGAAGCAAGAAUGAGUCCUUAUAAAACUCCCACUCCAUACUUUUCCCACCGUGACGACCAUUAGUUACUGUGAGUACAACAGUGCCAUUGAACCAGGUUGAGGAAGGGAAUGAAACUGCACCAGACAGUGGUAGGAGAGCGCAGCCUACGUUGUGCACUUCCCAGUGGGCUGUUGUGCUCACCUCUGUGUAUUAACUAUCUCUGUUGGGGGAGGGGGUUGGGGUGUUAGAGUUGCAGAGAAAAAGGACAGGGAAAGCUCCUGUUCUAGAUAUGUCUGUCCCAAACUGGUUUUACUCUCUGCAUAUCAUUAGAGCACUACAUAAUUUGAUUUUUUUUUUCUCUCUGUGGUUCCUAUUCCUUUGUUGAAAUGUUGCUAUGGAGCAGCAGCAAUUGCCCUGCCAGAAAAAAACCCCCUCAUUUCUAGUAGAACUUUCCAUAGGAAAUCUUAUGUGAUUUUGUUUGUAGAGGUUUUUUUCCUGUUAUAGCAGGUUCUAUUACACACUGGGGGAGGAAUUCGGAGGAGUUAUGCUCUGAAGUUGCUGCUGCAAUCAGUUUUUUCAAGAAAUGUCAGAUAAAUAAAUACUCCAAGGUUACAGAUAACCAAAGAAGGGAAGAAUCCCGUAGGAAACACUCCAUUUAUGGAACACCAGGUCUUAGGAGUCUUUCUUCCCAUCAUUCCUUUCUAUAUUUCAGUUAAGUCUUUGUGCCAGAGAUCAGAACAUUCAGUUUACUAUACAGGUCCAACAUUCAAAAGUAGGUAUUUUCCUAUAAAAUACAGGACGUGCUUUAGGGUAACUGAACUGUAUGCUCAUAUCCAUGUUUAUUUGAAUCUGGAGAACUGAUAAUGCAGCCAUCUCCAAAAGAUGUCUCUUUUAAACAGUUUGUACUCUGGUUGAGCAGUCAGUGUACUGACCAAUGCAGUUGUUGUUCUGUAUUUUUAUUAUCUUCAACAGAUUUUUAAUGCAUAGGAUCUUAACCUCCUAGAGGAAAGAUGAGAGAGAAUGGAAAAGGCAGAGGAGAAAGGGGAUUUUCUUGUCCAUAGUUUACACUUGAGCAUUUUUCCCCUUUGAAAGUGAAAAUUCAUUCACUCAUUUGCUGACCAGAAUCACAUUUCCACUACAUGUUGGUUUCUGUGUUGUGAGUGGUGUAGUUUCUAUGUUAUCAUAACCCAUUCAGGAACCUCUUUAUAAGGUUUGUUCUCCCAUAGCACUGGUGUUUCUUUGCCACCCCUUGCUGCACUAACCUUUAUCCCAGUCUUGUUUCAAAGGGCAACCUUUUGUAUUUGGUCCUUCUCGGGUUUUGCACUGCAAGAAAAACACUGAGCUGAGGGCUUUUGUUCAGUGUUUUUGAUCUCCUUCCAAAGUUUGACUUACCUUUUGUUUCUGAUGCAACUGCACAGAUCUGGAGAAGUGGAGAGGUAGGAAAAAUGCAUUCCUUUACAUUAAACUCUAAAAGAAUAAUGUAUUCUUAUCUUGUAAUAGAUACAAAUUUUUGUCAUCUCAGAGUACUAGUGACUGUUGGCCAUAUAUAUCCUGCUGUUACAUAUCAUUCUCCAGUUGGAUAGCUUGAGCUUUAAGCUGGGGUACAAAAUGUUGCUCUUGAAAUUUCUCCUUGAGUUGAUGAAUUCUGAACCACUCUGGUGGUAGUUCCAGAGUCAGGAAAAGGCUGUCAUGAGACAUGUCUAAGCAUGACCUCAUGUCACAUACGAAGCAUCCUUUUUCUUCUAGUGGGCACAUUUUAAAGCCCUGAACUGCAGUUUUAACCAGCAUCAUGAAAAUAAAGUGAUACUGGUGUUGAAGGAUCCUGUUUAACAAGGGUUGGACAGAGUUACACUUGGGCUGCCCAGAGCGCAGGAUGUGCACAGGCAGGAUGUUUCCGAGACAAGCAUUUUUCACUAUCAUGUAGAAGUAACAGGACAGCUGAAGGAGCUUUGUAAAUGACUGAGUCCUCAAAUGUCAUUCUCUUCAGCUGGAUAAAUCAGAAAGCCUGAUGUGACAGAGAAUUAAAAUUUUUAACAUAAAGUCUUUCUGCAACAGAACAGUGCCUGACACUGAAAUUGCAAUUCAGGAAAUCUAGUCAUGUUCUAACUCAACUAGCAAAGCUUCUCUUUCUAUACCUUUAACCUCCAACCAAAAGGGAGAAAAGUAGCCCGUGAUGCAUUUGUCUUGUGUAUAACUCAGAUCCUUACAGUCUUCCUGUCCCUCCGUGUUUGUGUGACUUGUGCCUUUUCUGUCUUAUAACAGAUAUCAGAGCAUCCAGCCCAGGCUGGAAUUCUGGUAUUGCUUGUAAAGAUCACAAACUGCAAACAGGGCAGCAUGGCUCUGGAGGAGGAGGAAGUGGGACUGCUGAACUUGAAUAAUCAUUUCAGUCCUCAGAAGUGCUGUCCCUGCUAGUCAGAGCUGAACCCUUCAGCUUUGGGAGACAGGGACAUCAGAGAAGAGAUCCACCCCCACAGUGCAGAAACCCUGGGUUUCAGUCUGGGUCUUUCUGCCAGUGGGUGCUGGGGCUCAUGUGACUAAAGCACUGGUGUAAUAAAUGGGAUUCUGGGGUCAACUCCCAGCUCUGGCUGAGUCUCAUCUGUCUUAAGGGAAGUUGGCAGGUUCUGCACCUUAACACUUUGCCAAACCUUCAGAAGCAGUACUCCAACCUAUGUUUUUCUGGUUUUCAACACAAUCUUCAUUGAGACCUUCCCCUUUUUACGCCUUUUAAGCUCUUCAUGGAGACCUUAAAGGCUUGCUGAUUCAUACUCAGUACUUCUUUGACUUGAGGAUCACAAAGGUGCUCUCCAAAUACAGAAUUUGUCCCCAUUUUGUAUCUGAGAGGUAGGUAUUGUAUUUCCUUCUGCUCUGCAAAUAAGGAAACUGAGGAAGAAAGCAAUUACAUGAUUCACUCUAAUAGCACAGUCAGUUGGUACAGUCCUAGUGUUUCUGCUGAUCCCAUAAGCUUGUCAGCAGGUUUAAAUUGGAUGAUUCGAUGAUCUGGUGAGACUGUUGCCUGUAUAAUACAGCAACUUUGUCUUGAGAUAUCUCAGCUGGGUUUCAAGUAGGUCUAAAUAUCCUUGCUGAUACAUUACUAGCUGCUGCUAGGUUUUAUAAUGUUCCUUUCCUCUAUGAGUUCAAACUGAAAACACUAGGAGGUUUGCAUUAAUAUAGUGGAGAAACAAGCCUCUGCUCUCUGAACCCCCUGUGGAUUAAUGCUUUUCAUCUAGACAAAACCACAGCUGUUUUAUGGAAAUGUUGAGAAUGACUAUGAAAUGCUGCUUGCUGUUUGGCAGUUAAUGUGGGUUUGUCAAGCACUGCUCAUCUGACAAGUGCCUACUGGGAGAAGGUUGCACACUGACCUUUCAAGAUCUCAUUAUUGCUUUGCAUGUUCAAUAGAUAGAUAGAUAGAUAGAUAGGAGGUAGCUUACGAAGCAGUUGUGGCAAACCUACAGCAUCUCUCCUCCCAAAUUUCCUGUGGCCCUUUCCUAGACAUUCUUAGCAUUUCUGAUAACCAGGUUAUGAGGUGGAUUUUUUGUGAUGUGAUGGGAGUCUCCCUUUUCUCCUCAUUUUGCAGUAUAAAUAUGCCUGUUACACGGAUGAGCAGAGGCAAGGGGAAAGAGCUCUACCCUAUUAUGGCAGCCGCUUUGUACAUUUAGAGAAAGUCUUGCUCUGAGAAGUUUAUUUUUUGUGUGUAUGUGCAAUAUAUGGCCAAGGGAAUAAUAACUUGCAUUGGAAGAAGCAGAUGAGAAAACUGUCUCAUUCUGUUAAUCUUUUGAAAAAAAUCAGCCAUUCAGUAAGAUGCUGAUGUGCCUAUAGAGGCAUUGCUCCUGCUUAGGUGUACAAAAGCAGACCAGAAAAGUGAGUUUCUUGUGGAGAUAACUGUGGAGAACACCAGUCAGAUCUGACUUUGUUGUCCCUACCUAAAUGGGCAAUUAAAAAAUAAGUUGAGAAUGUUGCAAAAUAAUUGUGCAAAGUAACGUGUUAUGAAAGAGCAUUAAACAAUUAAAAAUUAAACUCAACCUUGCUGUGAGUUAACCUGAGAAACAGAACAUGUGCAAAUGAUAACUUUUAUCUAUUUCUGCUGUCAGCAUGCUGCAGUUCACUACUGGCAUCCUCUGAGACAUGUUUCAGUUCUGAAUCUAGAAAACCAUGGAAAGACCAGCAUCUUUCACUUUUCAAAUGACGUGAGUUGCACAAGACUCAUGAUCGUCCAAAGGUCAGAGCACAAGAUCUCUCAACAAAGAGGCUUCUCUGUUCUGCUCUGGUGAAGCAGCUGUUGGCUCAGAUUUCAGUUUAUUCAGACACAAUAUGUGCUCUAGACAGAUUCUCAGGCUACAUAAAUUAAUGUCUCAACUAGUUAUCACUUUCCCUCAUCAUUAUUUUCUCCUAUUGUCUUCUUUAUAAAUAAAAUUCUUUAUAAAAUAAA